AUGGAUCCAGACGCUCAAAAAGUAGUUUCCCUACUGGAAUCUGGUCUGGAUGAUGAUGAUGAUGAUGAUGAUGAUGAUGAUGAUGACGACAGUGAUAAGGAUCAGAAGAGAGAAGACCAUGAAGACAAGCAGGUGGUUCAGGAGAUUAUGGAAAGAUGUUUCAUUCCAACUCUAGUAACGACAACCUCCUGGGAAGGUUUUCAUUUUGUUGGUCAUGAGAUCUGGAUCACGGAAGCUGUGGAUUGUUACGGUGCUGUUGUUUGGCCAUCGGCUCUUGUUCUAUGUUAUUUUCUGGAAACAAAUGCAAAGCAAUACAAUAUAGUUGACAAAAAUGUAAUUGAAAUUGGAGCUGGAACAGGGCUAGUCUCUAUUGUGGCAAGUUUAUUAGGUGCACGUGUGACUGCCACAGAUUUACCUGAAUUACUUGGAAAUCUGCAAUAUAAUAUUUCCCGAAACACCAAAAUGAAAUGCAAACACCUGCCUCAGGGUGGGCCUCUAUGUACUGCAGUCUCUGAAAUCAAUCACGUUUGUGGAUUUGAGGUUACGGGAAGGGAAAGGAGAACUAAGAACUGGUUUGCCUUCUUAUUCUAUUUGUGUCCCUACACCAACCACGCCAGCACAAGCAACCAGGCCACACCCUACAGCUACCCAGUCCCCGUUCAAGGUGAUGGGAACAUGUUGCGUGCCCAGCCACCCCCGGGACUCCCAGGGCCGAAGCUUGGAGUAGCUGAAGAAACUGUGAGCACCUCCAUUGACGGGGGAAGGCCCCUCCCCUACAGCCCCCGAUAA